AUGGCGACGUCAAUUGGAAUAUCAACCGAACAACUUGAAGCUUGUUCUAUUCAAGGAACAAUUGUUUAUACAUCGGAAAAAAAUGGUAGUGAUGAAAAUGGUGAUGGAUCAGAAGGAAAACCAUUUAAAACUCCAUUACAAGCGUAUCGUCAACAUGGAGAGAAUGUAACUGUUUAUGUUGAUUCAAAAGAUGAAACCAAAGGUAAAUGGGAAUUAUUAUCAAAGGCUCAAGCAAAAAAAGUAAAAACACGAUAUGAAGAAGAAAACCGCAAGGAAAAAGCUGCAGUCGAGCGAGAAGAAAAAGAUCGAUUACAACGAGAAGAAAAUUUAAAAAAAGCAAAAGAAAUUACAAUUACUGAAGAUUCAUCAUUACCAAAAGCAAAAGUGCUUAAAAUCAAAGCACUAAAAAAUGAACAUGGUACCCGUGUUAAAGUAUUUGGCUGGGUACAUCGGAUUCGACGACAAGGAAAAAAUUUAAUGUUUAUUGUUUUACGAGAUGGUACUGGAUUUUUACAAUGUGUCUUGGCAGAUAAAUUUUGUCAAACAUAUGAUGCAGUUAUAUUAUCAACUGAAGCAACAAUAUCAGUAUGUGGUGUUGUUCGUCCUAUACCUGAAGGUCAAACAGCACCCGGUAAUCAAGAAUUAGUAGUUGAUUAUUUUGAAGUUAUUGGACAUUCGCCACCUGGUGGUGCUGAUACAUUACUCAAUGAAGAAUCGCAUCCUGAUGUUCAAUUAGACAAUAGACAUAUGAUGAUUCGAGGAGAAAAUACAUCAAAAAUUUUACGUCUUCGUUCAAUCGUUACACAAUGUUUUCGUGAUCAUUAUUUUGAUCGAGCAUAUUAUGAAACAUUUCCACCAACUCUCGUUCAAACACAAGUUGAAGGUGGUUCUACUCUUUUUGGUCUUAACUAUUUUGGAGAGUCCGCUUUUUUAACCCAAUCAUCUGAGCUUUAUGUUGAAACAGCUUGUCCAGCAUUAGGUGAUGUAUUUUGUAUUGCUCAAUCGUAUCGGGCUGAACAAUCACGUACACGUCGACAUUUAGCUGAUGCAAAUGAUAAUUCUAAUCAAGUACAUUCGUUACCUAUCAAUUCUCAUCCCCAUACGUCAACUUCACCUUUACAAUCAUUGACAUCACAUAUUGAUCAUUUAAGUCAAAGUUAUACUUCUGUACUUAGUAUGCAUUCCGAUUCAAGUCUUAAUGGUACAUUAAUAAAUACGAAAUCUACAACACGAAGUCCUGGUCCUGGUGCAAUAUCGCUUACUUCUUCACUUCAUUUACAACGAAAUACUACAAUUAGUAAUAGUCAAUCUCAACGAAGACGAUUACUUCAACAUCGUCGUAAUCUUAGUGGUUUGGCUGCUGCUCAACGAGAUCGUAAAAAUUCAUUUACUAAAUCAAAUACUAGUAAAACAGAUGAACAUCAACAUAUAUCACAAACAUCACAACAACAAUCAACACCAUUAGUUCGUGAUACAAAAGCAAUACUUAAUGAACAUUUAACAAUGAUUAAUAAUUUACUUUUAAAUUAUUCAUUCAAUGCUAGUAUACAAUAUCCAUCACAAAAUUCAUCAAUUCGAGAUUUUCUUUAUACUCGUUUAAAUGAAUUAUCAUUAAAAAAUCCAAUGAAACAACGAUGUUCAAGAAUUGAAACAAAAGCUUUUGUUGAUUCCAUAACUAGUUAUCAAAUGGAUCGAUCUCAUCACUAUAAAUAUUUAAUUAAUAGUGUUCGAGAUUUAUUAAAGUCAAAUAAUGAUCCUGUACGUUUAUCAACUUGUUCAAGUGAAACUGAUGAUGAUAUACCAAAAAGGAAAAGUAACAUAGAUGAUAAUGAAUUAUUAAAUACUUCAAUAUUAUCAGUAACUCCUAUAGAAACUACGGAACAAAUACAUGAUAUAAAAUCAUUUAAAGAUCAUCCAUUACGUUUUUUUCGUACAUUAUCUAUUGAUUAUAUUCGUGAUUGUGAACAAACAGAAAAAGAUUUAACACAAAAAUUAUUUGAUAUAGCUGAUAAACAACAUAUACUUUAUUGUUUAAAACAUGUUGAUAGUGGUCAUACAAAUGAUUUAUUAGCUAUAUUUCAUCGUCGACUUGAUGCUAUUUGUGUUUGGUAUAAUUUAUAUUAUGAAUUAACAAUAUCUGUUCAAAAAUUAAGUGGUUUAUUACGUUGUAAUGAUUGUGAAGAUUGGCCAAAAUUACAUUUUCGUUCACUUGCAACAGAUCGCGAACGUAAAGCAAAACGUGCCGAUGAAAGUGAUGAUUAUACAAGUGAAAAUAGUUGUGAUGAUGACGAUGAUAAUACAAAAACAACAGAAGAAAGUGAAGUUGAAAGCGAAUCAAAACAAAGUGUUAUUGAAAAAACAGAAGAUGGAGAUGAUACUGAUAUUAUACCAAAAAUCAAUUGGUCUGAUGAACCACUUGAUCAAUUUUCAAAUCUAAAAAUAUCGAAUGAAUCAUCUAAUCCAACAACAAAUGCUGCAACACAAAAAUUAGAUCGAACAGCUUGUUAUCGAAAUUUUGUUUAUUAUAUGGAUAAACGUUCUUAUCAAGUAAAAUAUGAUGGUUUAGCUCGAACAUUAAUUGAACGUGUUGCACCGGUCUUAUUCAAAACUCGUCUGGCUUUAUUACAAACAACAGAUCGACGUGAAAUUAAAAUUGAACAAGUACUUGCCGGUUUAUCUCUAUCUGAUUUUCAAUUAUCAGAUAUAAAUCAAAUAAAUUCUAAAACUACUCAAAAUACAGAUGAUAUUGAUGAUAAAUUAGUUGAUACAGAUAAUCCUGUUAAAGAUGACAAUACAACAAAUAUAAACAUAGGUGAAUUAACUAUUGAAAAAUGGUUACAUCAUGUAUUGAAAUCAUGUUCAACAAUAAAAAUUAUAUGUUCACAUACAGAUGAUAUAUUAAAACAAAAUUGGCUUGAAUUACAUGAACAAUUAGGUUUACCGUCACUAUUACCUUUAUAUUUUUUUAUUAUUAAUGUUUUACUUGAUGUUAUGAAUGAAUGCUUAAGUCUUUAUAAUAAGCCAUAUAUGAAUAAUGAUAUCAUUGAAAUAGAUCCACUUUGUCGCCAACAACUUGUUCGUGAAGCAAAACUUGUUUUAAGAGAUGCAUUAGCUACACGUUUAUAUAGCGUUCGUAUCAUGGAACAAUUUAUCUCCAAUCGUAAAAUUGCUUAUGAACUAACAGAAUUUGAUGAAAAAACAGUUAAUCUUUAUAUGCAUUAUAAACAAUUUUUAAGUACAGUGUCUAUUAAUCGAACCUAUGAUAUUAAUAAUGAUAGUCAUCAAAUUGCACUCAAUGAUGCUGACACAGAAUAUUAUUAUUAUGUUGAUGAAGAAACAUCAGAAUUAAUAAAAGAAUAUUAUUUUGCUCGAGAUCUUACAUUAACAUUAGGCAAUCGAGAUUUAAUUCAUGCAUUAGGAUUUCAAUUUAAUGAUCUUGUAAGAGGCAUAUUAGCGCAAUUGAAAGAAGAAUUAUAUGAAACAACAGAAACAUAUUAUCAAGUAUUUGCAGCUGAUACAAGUAAUGCAUCAAAUACUAGUGAUGGACUUUAUUCAGCCGAAUCUGAAAUAAUCAAUAGUACACGUGAAUUUCGUCGAAGUUUUGAUACAAUUAAACAACGAACAAUACGUAUUUGUUCAUUGGGUAAAACUCUUAUUAAUGAUUUUUCAAUUGCAGCAGAAUUUAAAUGUCAUAAUUAUCAUGAUCUAUGGCAUGAACUUCGACAUCAUAACUACGCACAAGUUAAACUUCAUUUAGACACAAGUAGUUCAGAUGAUUUCGAUAGCUUUUAUUUAUUUGUUCCACCAUGGCUGUCAACAGAUAAAAAUCAAGUCGAAAAAUUACUUUAUCUCAUUUGUAGUCAACAAUUACCAGCAGAUGAAUUAAUAAAACCGAAUAAAGAUAUUAAACCGUCAUAUAUGAUAUAUAUACCAAAGAAAACUUCUCAUUUACAUAAUACACGUUGGACCGGUGAUAUUGUUCUUAUUCGAGCAAGUGAAAGUACACAAUUAGCAUUAAAUUCAACCGAAUUAACAUGUCUUCAUUUGGUUGUUACACGAUCUGAUCAUUGGCAACAGGCUGUUGAUUUAUUUCAAUUUCAUACUGGAUCAAGUAAUAAUAUUCAAUUUGUUAGAAAAUUAGCUCGUGAUGAAGAUAUUCGUUUAACAUUCGAUCAAUUACCUGAAUUUAUUGAUAAAUUAAGUAAUCAAUUGACGCAUCUCGUUCGAAUACUUAAUGCUAUAUGGGAUCAAGAUUCAAUAAAAAUUUUUCUAACUGAAAUCGUUAAAUUUGAUGAACGAGAGUUACGUACAAUUGAAUCAAAAUUACUUGAUCUUGUUUUAUAUGUAUAUAAUUCAGGUUUUGAAUUAUUUCGUCUUUUAUAUGAUCUUUUACCACCAAUGUCAAUAAAUGAUGAUAAAAUAUUAAAAAAAUUUGUUAGUACAAUGAAUGAAUUUUUUUGUGAAUGGUGUAAAUGUGUUACAAAAAAAUUUAAAUACACAUCAACACAACAAGCUAGCACAGCGAAAUAUAAAGUUCUUAGAUGGUUUUCACCUGGAAUGAUUUUUCUUGGAUUUUUGGCUAAAUCUCCUCAUUUACAAUUACUAACUGAGGAUGAAUAUAAAAAAUUAAUGACAGAAAUGCCAGUUGCUCUUAGAGCUUUACGCGGAAGUACUUUGGAUAAUCGCGAUGUAUCAAUAAUAAAAGCACGCUCAAAUAGUGCAUCAGCAAUACCAACAAUUCCUAUGCGACCACGUAAUCGAUCGAGUGGACACCGACGCUUUGAUAGCAGUGGUGGUAUUCAUGAAUUAUUAACAUCACCAUUUAUUAAUCCAAUUGAACGUAUUCAACAAAGUAUAGAACAACGUGAACAAGAAUUACAACAAAAACUUCGUGAACGUAAACAAAUUGGUCAAAUAUAUAAUAGUAAUAAUACAACAACAGCAAGUGGUACUACAUUAGAUCCUGUUAUAUCAUUAAAAACACGUAAUAUUGAUUUUCCUUGGCGUCGUGGUACACGUAUUGGACAAGGUGGUGCUGGUGUUGCAUUUCGUGCUAUAAAUUGUUCAAAUGGUUCAAUUGUAUGUAUGAAAGAAAUACAAUUAUCAUCCAUAGCAUCUCGUUCGUUACCAAAUACGUAUCCUGAAAAAUUAAGACGUAUUGCAGCAGAAAUUGAAAUGAUUAUGUCUAUUAAUCAUCCUAAUAUUGUACGAUAUUUUGGUAUAGAAAAGUAUAAGAGAACAAUUUAUAUUUGUAUGGAAUAUUGUUUAUCAACAGUAAAUGAAUUUUUAAAUGAUAUUCGUGCAUUUCAAAAACGUGCACAUAAUAGAAAAUCGAAUAGUGGCUUAUGGAGUGAUUCAAGUGAUCAAGAUGAUGAAAUAAAUACAGAUAAUGUUCGUUUAGCUCCAUCACUGAAUGUAAAUGAACUUGUUCGAGGUUUUGUUAAACAACUAUUACAAGCAUUAUUAGCUUUACACGAACAUUGUAUUGUUCAUUGUGAUGUUAAAGGCGAUAAUAUAUUUAUUGCAAAUCAAAAUGGACAUUAUAUUGUUAAAUUAGGUGAUUUUAAUUUAUCUCAUCGAUUGGAAUUAGAAUCACGUUCACCAAAUGAUAGUGACUCACGCAGUACACAAUUUGGCACCUUGUAUUUUAAACCACCUGAACCAGAAUAUGUAUAUCAAUCUGAUAUUUGGGCACUAGGUUGUACUGUCAUUGAAAUGCUUACCGGCAAAUUACCUUGGACAAAUGUAACACGACCACAUGAAGAACGUAUUUAUAUUCAAAAUCAAUUAUUAGCUAAAAAAGGACCACCUAUUCCAGAUGAAUUAAAAACAGAACAUGAAGCAUAUGAUUUUAUUCAAUUAUGUUUAACACCUGAUGUAAAUGAACGACCAUUAGCUAAAGCAUUACUUGAUCAUCCAUAUCCUCGUGUUCGAACAGAUUCUUAA